AUGCAAACUGAGAGAUUAGUAGCAGUUUCCCAAACAGGCAGAGGAAGAGGUAUAACUGGUGCACAAUCUGAGUCAAUUCAGAGAGUAGAGACACGCGGAGUAGCCAAAAUAUAUAAAAUUAAGACUGAUGAGGAUCAGGAUGACCCAAAGAUUUUAACAAGUACAUUUUAUCUUUUUGAUGAUCCUGUAUUUGUUUUGGUUGAUCUUGGUUCUAUGCACUCUUAUAUUAGAUCAAAGUUUAUUAGAGUGGUUUUUAUUAAUGAUAAUUUGGUGUACUCAAAGACGAAAGAGGAGCAUGAUGCUCAUAUUUGUAUUAUUCUUAAGACACUUCAAGAUAAAAAGUUAUACACCAAGCUGUCAAAGUAUGAAUUCUGGUUGACAAAGGUUGGUUUCCUUGGCCUUGUUGUCUCAACAAAAGGCAUAAGAGUAGACCCCAAGAAACUUCAAGCCAUAGUGGAAUGGAAACCCUCCAAAGAACAUCUAAGAAGUUCAGAAGUUCUUGGAUCUUGUCGAUUACAGUCGAAGGUUUGUGAAUAA